CUGGCGACCUUGGACAGCUCGUCCAACAUCUUCGAGCAGGCCACGGCGAUCAGUGCGGUGACCAUCGUGAAGACGACGCUGGCCGGCGCUGCCGUGGCACCCGACAGCCUGAACGCGGGCGUGGCGGGGACGGCCACCGUCGCGUUCACGAGUGCCGUGGGUCUGCCGAUCGGCAGCGUGGUCAAGGUGACGUUCCCGAGCGACUUCACGGUGGCGUCCGCGACGCUGUCUUCUGCGACGAACAUCGGCAGCUCCAGUUCGGUGGCGGCGGCAGGCUCGGUGGUGAGCGUCACGGUUGCAGGCAGCGCGGUGGCGGCGGGGGCGAGCGUGUCGUUCAAGCUGGACGGCGUGACGAACCCCGGAGCGAAGACGACCGGCACGUUCGCGCUGGCGACCUUGGACAGCUCGUCCAACAUCUUCGAGCAGGCCACGGCGAUCAGUGCGGUGACCAUCGUGAAGACGACGCUGGCCGGCGCUGCCGUGGCACCCGACAGCCUGAACGCGGGCGUGGCGGGGACGGCCACCGUCGCGUUCACGAGUGCCGUGGGUCUGCCGAUCGGCAGCGUGGUCAAGGUGACGUUCCCGAGCGACUUCACGGUGGCGUCCGCGACGCUGUCUUCUGCGACGAACAUCGGCAGCUCCAGUUCGGUGGCGGCGGCAGGCUCGGUGGUGAGCGUCACGGUUGCAGGCAGCGCGGUGGCGGCGGGGGCGAGCGUGUCGUUCAAGCUGGACGGCGUGACGAACCCCGGAGCGAAGACGACCGGUACGUUCGCGCUGGCGACCUUGGACAGCUCGUCCAACAUCUUCGAGCAGGCCACGGCGAUCAGUGCGGUGACCAUCGUGAAGACGACGCUGGCCGGCGCUGCCGUGGCACCCGACAGCCUGAACGCGGGCGUGGCGGGGACGGCCACCGUCGCGUUCACGAGUGCCGUGGGUCUGCCGAUCGGCAGCGUGGUCAAGGUGACGUUCCCGAGCGACUUCACGGUGGCGUCCGCGACGCUGUCUUCUGCGACGAACAUCGGCAGCUCCAGUUCGGUGGCGGCGGCAGGCUCGGUGGUGAGCGUCACGGUUGCAGGCAGCGCGGUGGCGGCGGGGGCGAGCGUGUCGUUCAAGCUGGACGGCGUGACGAACCCCGGAGCGAAGACGACCGGCACGUUCGCGCUGGCGACCUUGGACAGCUCGUCCAACAUCUUCGAGCAGGCCACGGCGAUCAGUGCGGUGACCAUCGUGAAGACGACGCUGGCCGGCGCUGCCGUGGCACCCGACAGCCUGAACGCGGGCGUGGCGGGGACGGCCACCGUCGCGUUCACGAGUGCCGUGGGUCUGCCGAUCGGCAGCGUGGUCAAGGUGACGUUCCCGAGCGACUUCACGGUG